GCAUUCAACGUUCUCCGAAUCGCUUCGACAUCAACGAAUGUUUUGUCGCGGAGUCGAUCGACCCAGAGUAGCCGUGUCUCGCUGAUAUUGGUGAGAGACGGACGGCGAUGGCGCAAUGGAGAUGAUCUUUCACAAUUCACCCUAGCACGCUAAAACUCCCGUCUUCCGUCUCUCACCUCUUCAUCCGUUCAUCCAUCUCAUCUCACCACCACAACCAUCAUCUCCCCCAUCAUGCGCGCAUACUACUACGAUAACAUCCCGGGCGACCAACGUCUCCCACACGACUCAGGCGAGUCCGUCUCUCAAGACACACUUACCUCUCUCGGGGUGCUUUACUGGCAGAUUCCUCUUUUGGGUGAUGGUGAGGUUGAUGAAGAGAAGAUUGAUGAAGUUGCGAGGGAGAGGGAGUAUAAGAAUCGGGAUGUGAUUAAUGUGACGAAGGAAGGGUUGGGAGAGGCGUAUGAGGGGAAGUUGAAGAUGUUUUUUGCUGAGCACAUGCACGAAGACGAAGAGAUCCGAUACGUCAAAGCUGGAUCUGGUUUCUUUGACGUCCGAGAACUCUCAACGGACCGCUGGAUCCGCGUCCAUCUGACACCAGGCGACCUCCUCGUCCUCCCAGCUGGCAUCUACCACCGCUUCACAGUUGACGAGCGGAACGCUGUUACUGCUAUGCGACUCUUCAAGGACGAACCAAAGUGGACGCCGCACAACCGCGGUGCGGAGACGGACGUAAACCCGUACAGACAGACGUACGUCCGGAGCGUCCGCGCUUCCGCUUGACGGGCAAAAGAUCAGAAAUCAAUGGAUUAAAAUACGAAUAUCUUCCGUGUUUUCAUGAAUUUAUGAAGUGUGUAUGAGGAUAGACUGUGUAGCUCUUGUUUCGCUGUGUAUCUUGUCGUCGUGUAUGAGAGAAAAAUGAAUGAAUGAGAAAGUGAAAUGAGGAAUUUUCGC